CACAGCUUGGUAUAAAACGUAGUGUCGGCUGCUGGUUGCAGUCAUUCAGCAGAAGAAGACGAAGCAAGUAGACGUUUACAGAAGUCUUAAGCAGUUAUACAAAGCUGUUCACCAUGCAAAUCUUUGUCAAGACCCUCACUGGCAAGACCAUCACCCUGGAGGUGGAGCCCAGCGACACCAUUGAGAAUGUGAAAGCUAAGAUCCAGGACAAGGAGGGCAUCCCCCCUGACCAGCAGAGGCUGAUCUUUGCUGGCAAACAGCUGGAAGAUGGCCGCACCCUCUCUGACUACAACAUCCAGAAAGAAUCCACCCUCCACCUGGUCCUCCGUCUUAGGGGUGGGAUGCAGAUCUUCGUCAAGACCCUCACUGGCAAGACCAUCACCCUGGAGGUGGAGCCCAGCGACACCAUCGAGAACGUGAAAGCCAAGAUCCAGGACAAGGAGGGCAUCCCCCCUGACCAGCAGAGGCUGAUCUUUGCUGGCAAACAGCUGGAAGAUGGCCGCACCCUCUCUGACUACAACAUCCAGAAAGAAUCCACCCUCCACCUGGUCCUCCGUCUCAGGGGUGGGAUGCAGAUCUUCGUCAAGACCCUCACUGGCAAGACCAUCACCCUGGAGGUGGAGCCCAGCGACACCAUCGAGAACGUGAAAGCCAAGAUCCAGGACAAGGAGGGCAUCCCCCCUGACCAGCAGAGGCUGAUCUUUGCUGGCAAGCAGCUGGAAGAUGGCCGCACCCUGUCUGACUACAACAUCCAGAAGGAGUCCACCCUCCACCUGGUCCUCCGUCUGAGGGGUGGGAUGCAGAUCUUCGUCAAGACCCUGACUGGCAAGACCAUCACCCUGGAGGUGGAGCCCAGCGACACCAUCGAGAAUGUGAAAGCCAAGAUCCAGGACAAGGAGGGCAUCCCACCUGACCAGCAGAGGCUGAUCUUUGCUGGCAAACAGCUGGAAGAUGGCCGCACCCUCUCUGACUACAACAUCCAGAAGGAGUCCACCCUCCACCUGGUCCUCCGUCUCAGGGGUGGGAUGCAGAUCUUCGUCAAGACCCUCACUGGGAAGACCAUCACCCUGGAGGUGGAGCCCAGCGACACCAUCGAGAACGUCAAGGCAAAGAUCCAGGACAAGGAGGGCAUCCCCCCUGACCAGCAGAGGCUGAUCUUUGCUGGCAAACAGCUGGAAGAUGGCCGCACCCUCUCUGACUACAACAUCCAGAAGGAGUCCACCCUCCACCUGGUCCUCCGUCUCAGGGGUGGGAUGCAGAUCUUCGUCAAGACCCUCACUGGCAAGACCAUCACCCUGGAGGUGGAGCCCAGCGACACCAUCGAGAAUGUGAAAGCCAAGAUCCAGGACAAGGAGGGCAUCCCCCCUGACCAGCAGAGGCUGAUCUUUGCUGGCAAGCAGCUGGAAGAUGGCCGCACCCUGUCUGACUACAACAUCCAGAAGGAGUCCACCCUCCACCUGGUCCUCCGUCUCAGGGGUGGGAUGCAGAUCUUCGUCAAGACCCUCACUGGGAAGACCAUCACCCUGGAGGUGGAGCCCAGCGACACCAUCGAGAAUGUCAAGGCAAAGAUCCAGGACAAGGAGGGCAUCCCCCCUGACCAGCAGAGGCUGAUCUUUGCUGGCAAACAGCUGGAAGAUGGCCGCACCCUCUCUGACUACAACAUCCAGAAGGAGUCCACCCUCCACCUGGUCCUCCGUCUCAGGGGUGGGAUGCAGAUCUUCGUCAAGACCCUCACUGGCAAGACCAUCACCCUGGAGGUGGAGCCCAGCGACACCAUUGAGAACGUGAAAGCCAAGAUCCAGGACAAGGAGGGCAUCCCCCCUGACCAGCAGAGGCUGAUCUUUGCUGGCAAGCAGCUGGAAGAUGGCCGCACCCUCUCUGACUACAACAUCCAGAAGGAGUCCACCCUCCACCUGGUCCUCCGUCUCAGGGGUGGCCAGUAAAUCACUUCAUGAAUUUACUCUUAACAUGACAAAUGCACCUAAUAAAGUGAGCUCACAAUAA